GCUGCCCACCUCUUAGCGCAAGAACCAGAUGCAGCACCGAGCCACCCUGGAUCUUGUAAUCCGCUGCCGUUUUCUCAUCAUUCCUGAGGUGGAAAAAAUGGAGGGUUUAGAAUAAAGAUACACAAAUGUACCAGAGCAGGAUGAGCGUACAGUGAGAUACAGUCUCAAGGCCAUCCUCUUCAGCAGCCAUGCCACGUAUUGAAAAUGAUAUCAAGCUCGACUUCAAGGACGUGCUGCUUCGACCCAAAAGAAGCACUCUCAAAUCUCGCAGUGAGGUGGAUCUCAUGCGCAGUUUCACUUUCAGAAACUCGAAGGGCAGUUACCGUGGGAUUCCCAUCAUUGCCGCCAACAUGGACACCGUGGGGACUUUUGAAAUGGCUUUAGCCUUACAUCAGUUUAGUCUCUUUACAGCCAUCCAUAAGCAUUACUGUGUGGAUGACUGGAAGGAGUUUGCAGCCAAGCACCCAGAAUGCUUACAGAGUGUAGCCGUCAGCACGGGGACGAGUGAUGGGGAUUUUGAGCGAUUGGGGGCCAUUAUGGCCGCUGUACCUCAAGUUCAGUACAUUUGUGUAGAUGUAGCCAAUGGCUACUCUGAACACUUUGUCAACUUUGUGAAAGACGUGAGGAAGAUGUUCCCUACGCAUACCAUCAUGGCUGGCAAUGUGGUCACAGGAGAGAUGGUUGAAGAGCUGAUUCUUGCUGGUGCUGACAUCAUCAAAGUGGGCAUUGGACCAGGUUCUGUGUGCACCACUCGCAUGAAGACCGGCGUGGGUUAUCCUCAGCUGAGUGCAGUCAUUGAGUGCGCUGACGCUGCACACGGCCUGGGUGGACACAUCAUAUCUGAUGGGGGAUGUACCUGCCCAGGUGACGUCUCCAAGGCAUUUGGGGCGGGGGCUGACUUUGUGAUGCUGGGAGGAAUGCUUGCUGGUCAUUCUGAGAGUGGGGGUGAAACCAUAGAGAAAAACGGCAAAAAGUACAAACUGUUCUACGGCAUGAGUUCAGACACGGCUAUGAAGAGGCAUGCAGGAGGUGUAGCAGAGUAUAGGGCAUCAGAGGGUAAAACCGUUGAAGUGCCUUACAAAGGGCCUGUGGAGAUGACGGUGAGAGAUGUGCUGGGUGGAGUUCGUUCCACCUGCACAUAUGUGGGUGCUGCUAAGCUGAAAGAGCUGAGUCGUCGUACCACCUUCAUUAGGGUGACCCAGCAACUCAACACCGUGUUUGGUAAUAAUUAAGCCAGUUCUAAGGUCUAACCAGGUCCAUAUUGGACCAGAGUAUGCCAAAUCCAUGCAAAGGUCAUUUAUUUUUCUCUGCAGUCAUGCACACAUAUGCAUGUUCACACACACAUACAUAUUGCAUUGUCAUUUAGCGUUAUAAUGCGUAUUUGAAUUCACCAGAUGCUGUAUUGGCCACUGCAUGGCCUUUCCGUUUUUUUUUUUUGGAUUAAUCAUUCUUUGAAAACUUCUAAUUUUGGGAGUUUUGAAUUUUUUGAAGUAUUCAAGGACACUGUAAUAAUAUUGUAUGUUUUAUGCAGUUUGUGUUUUAGGUCAUAACCUUAAAAUCUUGAGUUCAUUUUCAGUUAAAAUCUUCUGUUCAUUUGUCUAAACAACCUUAGACUAGACACUGUAUUAGAGCCUUAUAUUUCAUCCAAAUAAUUCAAGUACUGUUUUAGACUUUGUUGUAAAUUUUAUCAAACUGUCUAUGCCUAAUGUCUUACAUUCCUGGGAUUUUCUGAUACUUUCUGAUUUGAUCCCUGGACCAACUCAAAUCCUUUAAUAAAUUAUUCCAGUAUUAGCGGUCUGUUAUACAAAUAUGCUAAAGACAUCCGUUAUGUACUACCAUUCUAUUGUAUAGCAUAUAUUUGAAGACCAAAGCAAGGGUAUUUUUUUUACCCUUUUAACAGUUUCUCCUGUGUUUGUAUGUUGCAAAUGAAGUGGUAUUACACAAUCUUUGCAAGUCUUAAUCAGUUCUCGUCAUAGUAUUGGCAUGAUUUUAUGCACCUGAGCCUGGUUUGAUCAUUAGACAUACUGCAUACUCAAAUAUUUUCUACUUAACACUUAAUUAAACUUAACUAAAAGACAAAAAUUAAAUUAUUAUUAUACUGUUUAUACUAUUGAUAUUCCAUUACAGUUAGUGUUCUCAUUGAAUGUAAUUAAAGUUGCUGCUGAUGCAGAUAUGAAUAAACGUUGAAGAAAUUAAACCCAUUUCUACCCUUAACUAGCAACAGAUGAUCCCAAGUGGCUAAUAAGUGGAUGAUUUAAUUUAAUCCAUGUUGAUAUUGAUAUUUUACAUGCUGUUAAAUCAGUUUUUUUUCAUGCAUUUCACUUAAAAUAAUUCCAGAUCAAAUUAAUUCAGAUGUUCAGGAGUUCCUCUAUUGUAUUGUAAAAAUAAAUCAUUUAGAUAAUCA